AUGGCAAAAAACGAAACGCCACCAAGAUUUACCCAGAAACGUCCAAGUCAGAAAACGGCGUACCCUGCAAUUCUCAAUGAUCAGGGUGCGGACGAUCAGCAUUCCAGCGGAUUUAUUUCUGCAAAGGAAGACGAUAAUAAUCAUGACGAACUUGUGGAAGUAAACAAUAUCUACCGAACCAUUCCGAAUUUAUGUCAACUUGUUGAAUUGUGUUUGGACGAAAGCACUACCGGGCAGAGUGAUUCUCUAGUGAACAAGGCCAUUAUUCAUCCAGAAGAACUGGAAAAAGUCUGCAAUAUGCUGGUUCCCGGAAGUUAUCGUUCGGUCUCUGAUAUACAAUUUAACAAACUGGCAGACGUCGAUAUUCAGCUAGUUGGUUGUUACGGAAAUUGUAAAAUUAUUUCAAAACUGUUGCUUCAAAACAAUGUCAUCGACAAAGAUAGAUACGAGAAAUUUAUUAAAGGCGAACAAACAUUGGCUACCGGGCUUUAUUUGUUGAUUAUUGAGUCGGAUAUGAAUCUUCAGCAGUCGCAGAAAACUACAGUGGGAGUCAGUACAAAGUUUGGCUUUGUAAUCUUGUGGCUAGAAAAGCAGUUUUACGAUGAAAAAGAAAUAUUGACAAGCGCAACAAACCUUCACCGAUUUCUUACACGAUUGACGAACCAUCAAGUCUGCUUAAUGAGUGAAGAAGAUUUAAGAAAUUUUUCCUUUUCCGUAAAUACAGCAAGUCCAAACAGGAUUAUUAAAAUUAAAGUUAAAACAGGUCCACAACAAGAAAAAGGCGUUUCAGUUAAAAAUGAAAUUGAGAUCAAGGUACCAGAACUGGCCAUAUGUAAUGGAGAUCCAUCAAAAGCUUUCAUCAUAGAAUCAAAUGCUCUACAAUCCUUGGCCAUUAUGCAAAACAUUAGUGAAUCCACAACUCUGUCAAAAACAAUAACUGAAAAAUUUAACUCUUCUAAUGACUUCCAAAAGUUCUUGAAAAAGAAGUUGAAUGAGGAACAUUAUGCUCUAAGUUUAAGCGAUUUGAGGAUGGAUGAACUAGUUAUUUUGAUUAAAGAUGGUUUAGAUAAACCUGACUUUUUAGUCACAUAUGAUAAUCAAAUAUCAAAACUGAUAAAACAAAGGGAUGAAAAAAUUAACGAGUAUAAAAAAGAAGUAAAUCAAUGGAUUCUUUCAGCACUGGAAAAUUAUAAUAUUUAUUUUGAAAAGAAGAUUGUUGGUAUCAACUCAUCUUCAAUUAAGGACAAUCCUGAGCUUAAAAAGGUUUAUGCUGGACAUGCAGAAGUUUGUAAAGAUAUGGAGACUAAGAUUUUACAGAUUGAUAGAAAGGAAUGGAAAGCAUUAAAGUAUGAGUUCUACAAUAAAAGGGAGCAGCAGUCUAAUUUAUCACAAUUAAAAUGGUAUGAAAUAAAUAGUGACAGAGUGACUUCAUCAGUGACUGCUUUCAUAGAUAGCAAGACUGGAGUAGAAGAGAUUGAUAAUAUAUCAGAUGCCAAUUUUGUUGCUGAUCUAGUAUGCACUGCAAGUGAAAAUAUUACUGUGAAGCUCCGAAAAGAGUAUCAACAGUGGAAGGAUGAUGGGAAUAUUAACAAAGAGUUGGAAGAAUGUUGGAGACCACAUAUUCAAAAUAUGUCCAAAGAUGGAAAUUUCUUCAAAUAUAUGGAAAAACUAAAUCGUAUUAACAAGAAAGAAUCUGAAGAAUUAAAGAAAAAACUUGAAUCAAUGUAUUCCAUUGGGAAGAAAAUGUUUGUCAAAAAAUUCCAAAAACAUCUGUCCAUAUCAGGACUUGACUAUUCCCAUCAGUAUGAGUUUCAUUAUGAUAUUGAAGUAUUGAACCACUCUCUUUGUGAACUAAGGAUAUUGGAAUUGCCAAGAAGUUAUGGCAGGCUCAAUGCAAGUGUCAAUUACACAAAUACAAGUUUAUUGAAUACAUAUCGAAAAAUCUUGUAUAUAAGUGCGAGUUUUGAAAUUAGGAAAAUUUGCCAACUUGAUGAUGGAAAAUUCGUUCUAAUUUUGUGGGACACCGAAAAAAAUGUUUACGCUAUUUUUUAUGGAACGCUUCUUGAACUAACGGAAAAUUUCAAACGUAAUUCAAUGCCGUCUCGGUUCAGACUAAUGGAUGAACCCAAGAAUUCGCUGAUUACAGUAAAUUACUCAACGGGUCUUAUGGCAACGUACAAUAACGAUGAACAUGUUCUUAAUAUUUACAAUAUUUACAAUGUUGAGAAAAACAUGCGUCCGCUACAUUCAAAUCUCGUACGGACAUCUCGGUUAUCACUUAAACGCCUCUUGUGGAUCAGUAAAUCUUCAAUGCUCUUUGUUAAAGAAGACGGGGAAGCUUAUACGUUCGACUACAACGAUGGCUAUUUAAAAUAUUUUGAAAAAUUUUCCAAGGAUGCAGCCUCUGUCCUAAGCUCACCAAACCCUUCUUGUAUAUUUGUACUCGAGCCAAAGACUACAAAUCCGACAGGUAGCAAGAUUGAAGGAGGCAACCACUCAGUUAAUACUGGAGAGGGUUUAGAAGGAAUUGAAAACAAACACCCAGCAGUUCCAGUUCCUGCAAAAACAGAUGAAAGUACAGUACAAGCGCUUGUAUAUUUUGUAAAUCAAGAUAAACAGUGCGAACCAUUGCAGACCGGAAUCCCUUUACCUUCACAUUCUUUAAUUCAUUGUCGAUUAACAUAUCUUGAGCAAAUCCAACAUUUAGUCACGCUUGACUUGGCACAUAACGUGCUAGUUUUGGCAAAAAUAAACAUCACAAGCGAUCAAAGUCAAUAUAAAUAUAGUGUUGAUAGUAUUAGAAAUUCUCCCUUGUCUGUGAAUUCAACAUACACAAACAGCAUUGUGGAUGUUAAAGUUAACAACACAAAUCAAGAGCAGAAAGAAAGUGUUUCACUUGGAGAUGGAUUUGAGGUGAUGUUACCAGAAUUGGCCAUAUGUAGUGAAGAUUUAUCAAAAGCUUUCAUUAUAGAAUCAAAUACUUUACAAUCCCUUGCUAUCAUGCAAGACACUAAUGGGUCUACAAUUACAUUAGAAACGGUUGAUCGAUUUAACUCUUCAUGCGAAUUUCAAAACUUUUGGAAACUGAUGUUAAAUGGGAAUUGUCAUGCUUUAAGUGUGCCUGAUUUGAGCAUAUAUGAGCUAACACUCCUCACCAAAGAUGGCUUAAACCAGCUUGAGCUCUUAGAAGAUUAUGAAGAUCAGAUGAGGAGUUUGGAAGAUCAAACAGAAAACUCUCUGAGUGAAUACAAAAAAAAGUUAACUGAAUGGGCUUUUUCAAUUUUGCAAGACAAUUACAGCAUGUUUGAGAAAAAGUCUAGAGAUACCUCUUUCAACUCACUGGAAGACAGUAAAGAGCUGAACACAUUCUAUAAGAGACAUAAAGAACUUUGUAACAAAAUCAAGAGUAUGGCUCUUGAAAUUGACAAUAGAAACUGGAAAAUUUUGAAGAAAAAAUUCUACUAUUUGAGUGGAUUAGCAGGAAAUGGAUUUGAUACAUUUUUAGAUGUUCUAAACACUCAAGGAAACAGCUUGUCAAGUAAAAGAAUUGGUGAUAUCAACAGUCUUAUACAGAAAGUGGCAGAAUGUUUUAUGGAUCAAGCAGAUCUAGAAGAAGAAUGUGAUCAAGAGACCAAGAACAUUCUUGAGCAAGCUACAAAAAUGGUAGAACAAAUAUCAGAUUCAGAUUUUAUUAAGUGUCUAUGUAAUCUACAGAAUCUGGCAGCCCCUAAGACAGUGAUGAAAGGCAUUAUUGCAAUGUUUUCUCAAGAGUUUCAGAAUUGGAAAAUCAAGUUUGGGAAAAGGCUAGGAAAAUGUUUGGAAAAAGAUAUAAGCCUAAAGACUAACUGUAAAAAUUUCAGUGAAUACACAAGAAAGAAAGAAUGUAUUUGUGAAGAACAAUCAAAGAUAUUGAAGGCUAAACUUGAAUCAUUAUACUCAACUACCACUGGAUCACAAAUUAUCAUCACUAAGUUGCAAAAGAUAACUACAAUGCAACAAUUAUAUCAUAACCAAUCACAACCAACUUACAACACAUUUGAUUGCUAUGAGCUGCACUAUGUGACUGAAAUAAACAAACCUUAUCUGUAUGAGUUAAAGAUAUGGGAGUUUGAACUGAAUAAGUAUGACAAGCUUGAAGAUGGUAUCACUUACAAGCAGCAGAAGGUUUUGUAUAUUAACAAGGAGAAGUUUGAAAUCAGGUAG